AUGUCUUGCACCUUUGAUCUCUAUAGCCGUGGCGGCUUUGUUGUGCACCCUUCUCACAAUGCGAUUGUUGUCUUGCAGCAUUUCGCGAAGCAGACAUCUGCAGCAAAGCAGCCUGCAGGUGUAACAAAACAGGUCCAAAAACCCUCACGCAAAACUGCCAGGGCAUUACGAAGUCAGAGUAGUUACUUCUGGUGUACUUCCACCGAUGGCGUUGAUCGCCUUGCAACUUGUAGCAGCACGAACUCCGAAGUUCCGCGACAUAUUAACGACUACACGCUCGACCCUAGCCUUUUCGCAAAUCACCCCUAUCCAGCCACGUUUCCCCCAGGCGGCUCAUGGCCGCCCCAAACAGCUCAGGACAUCCUCCAUGCGGUAGGCUACGAAUUCAACAGCUGUGUUGGCGAUCGUUGCUAUACCGACGACGUCUGUGAAGAGCCAUACUGCGACCACACAUUCAAAAACUGGAAGCAAGCAACGCAAGAUUGGCAGAAGUACUUUGAAUUACGAAAAACAAAAGACCGUGGCAUUGGAGUCUACACGAAACGAGCCUUCAAGCAGGACGACGUCCUCGGCUGGUACGCAGGCGAGAUCAUGCCCAGCGAGAGCAGUCGGUUCGACAACGCCUACCUCAUGGAAAUCCCAAUCGGCAAGUCCGAAGAAGACAUGGACCAAGAAAAUGCAGGUUCCGAUUCCGACAGCGGCUAUGGCUCAUCCUGCUCCGAGUCCUCCAAGGCUCCCUCCAUCGCACCCGUCGAGGAAACAGUCAUGAUCGACGGCGAGAAAAACGGCAACUGGACACGUUUCAUCAACCAUUCCUGCGCACCGCACUGCGAUUUCCGCGUCCGUCGUGUCGGUAUGAUGAGAAUUAUGACGGUGGAAGCUAUUCGCAAUAUACCCGCCGGCGUCGAGCUCACUGUCAGCUAUGGGCUGUCGUACUAUGGACCCGAGUCGAAUAAGAUUUGCUAUUGCGGGACGAAGAAAUGUGUGAGUAGGGACAGGAAGGCUAAGACGGAAGACAGGCCGCGGCCCAAGGAGAAGAGGAGGGUGAAGAAGUGUAAGCGUGUUGCGCCGCCGUGA